UCAAAGAAAGUCAAAAUUGAUAGUGAAAAUAGCAAUUAAGAGAUCUUGGGAAAAACCUGCAACUGCAAGCAAAGCGAUGGGGCAAUGCGUAAGUUGUCUAGACGAAGGCGAAAAGCAACAGAGAAAAGAGGAAGAAAGAUUGGCUUCCGUUGAAGCUCGCGCCAAAGCUGCUGAAGCCGCUCAGAGAAGGCAAGAAGAAUUUGAAAAAUCUGCUGCAGGAAGGGCUGCACGUGCUCAAUUGGCAGCAAAUGCAAAGCAAUCUGCUAACACUAACAAGGGAGAACCAGUUCUGAAGUGGAGUAUGGGGUGAGGCCGUGUUCUUUUGUCAGCUUUCACUUCUUUUUCACUUGUCAAUAAAAGGAAAAGAUUGUAUAUUUAUCCGCAUUCCUCGGCUCUUCUUGUGCCAAGCAACUUGUCUAUACUCCCAAGUCUCCCAAGGCAGAAAUUAUUGGACGGAACUGCAGUCUUGUAUUUGUUAUUCACGAAUCAACAAAACAAUAAAUGUGCAAACUUAUAUUUCUUGACAAUGUUCUUCAAUGUACAAUUUACUCUAACUUACGUCUCAAUCUCAACAGUUCAUCUAUAUGCAAUUACUGUACAGAAACUUUUCCUGCA